CAACUGAUCCAAGUCUUAUGAAUAUAUCGCACAAUAUCAUUCUGUUGACAUUGUAUAUUUUUUCUCAAUUGAUCGAGAUGAAGAGAGUCAAUUGUUUCUAUUGCUUACAAAUUUUACACUAAUAUUGGUUUGAUUUCGAAUUGAUUACGUACAGUACUGCCCAAGAUUAUGAGAAUAAAGUUUUUUUUAAUUUUUUUUAAAAAUAAUUCUAAGCAUCUAACUCAAAUUGAAAUAGUAAGUUGAGUAGUCAAUAAAGUUCUCUAUAAGAUCCAUUGCAUAUAAAAAUUCCACCCGAAAGAAUGUAAAGUGCUGAAGAAAAUAAGAGAUUGACGCGUUUUCUACGAUCUUCUAAUAAAAAGAUAUAGGCAUCACACAAAAAAAAAACGAAGAAAUACUUAAACGUAUUUAAAAAACCGGCCUAGAAACUUCUUUUUGCGAUAUCUGUAGCUUUUUAAUGAAGGAUUCAAUUAGAUAAUUUAUUCUUAUAAUUUUGAACAGUACUAUAUUAUGAUAUGUUCAUACAAAAAUCGAAAAAUCUGCUGUUUUAUACAACUGAUUCAUUUUGUAUUUCUCGAUUGUCUUCUGUCUUUAUGAAUAAUUUUAAACAAAUUCAUCGGAAAUUAAUCAUUUUUGUAUCAAGAUUCAUAUGAUAUUCUAAAUAACAUACGAGAAUAAUCAAUUUAUUUGAUUUUAUAUAGUUUCAUAGUUUACGUAUGUGGUGUUGUUAGGAGUUUUUGAGCAUUGAGUAAUAUAUCAGCCGAACUAUUUUAAUCAAUGGGUAGCUAUGGGCAAAUGUCCUUAUUUCCAAAAAGAAAUCUGUGGACAAUUGCCUAUGACUGGCUACACCAAUGGUGUUCUAAGGAAAUAAUCUUUCAUCUAAACAGUAUUAAACCAAACUAUUCUAAGUCUUUGCAUUUAAAUGAAAGAAAUUUUUGAAUUUAUUCAAUUUUGAAAAGUAUUAAAAUAGCAGAUCAAUGAAUUUCGUUUUUUUCUAAAUUUAUUUUAGAACAAAAUCGUCUUUUAAAUUCAUUUCGUUCAAACAUAAAUCUUCUUGAAAAUGAUGCUCAAUUAAUUCAUAUAAUAAAAGAAGAACCAUUAUCAGCUGAUACAUUACUUGGUUUACUUCAUUUACGUGAUAAUGAUCAAACAUCAAAUGGUAUUUUAUCCCUUGAAUUACAAACAUAUAUUCGAUGUGCACCAGAAGGUGUUCAUAUAGAUAAUUUAACAUUAUGUCGUGCAUCAGAUUUUUUUCGUUUAUCUGUAUUUCGUCCGAAUGUUUAUGGUCUAUUUACUAUUCGAAUGCUUGAUCGUGAUGAAUAUGAAAAUUAUAUAUUACAUUUAAUAGCAAAUGAUAAUGGUGAUCGUCCAAUACGAACUGAAAAAAGACGUUUAUCAGCACGUCAAAGUUCAUCAUUAAAUAUAGAAGAUUUUCUUAAACGUCGUUUAGAUAUAAAUUCACAUAUAAUUCAAUCAUCAUUUAUAUCACUUCAAUCAGAAUUAUUUAUUUAUUUAACACUUCUUGAUGUUAAUGAUAAUUCUCCAAUGUUUGAUCAAACUUAUUUUCAUAUUAAAAUUAAUGAAAAUCAACCAAAAAAUACAUUUCUUACUCGUUUGCAUGCAUAUGAUAUUGAUAAAGAUAAAAAUGGAACCGUUCGAUAUGAACUUAUUGUUAAAGAACGUCAAGAAUUUUUAAUUGAUGUGCGUUCAGGAGUAUUACGUACAAAACAUAUACUUGAUCGUGAACAAUGUGAAUUUUAUCGUAUUGGUAUACGUGCAUAUGAUCUUGGUUAUCCAAAUAGAAAAUAUUCAUCAAUGGCAAUUGUUGAUGUACAAGUAAAUAAUCUUAAUGAUCAUGUACCUUAUUUUAUACAUGAUCUUUAUCAUUUUGAUAUUCGAGAAAAUUCACCUAUUGGAACUAUUAUUGGACGAUUAACAAUUGGAGAUAGAGAUGAACAAGAGCCAGUUGAAAAAUAUAUUAAUUUAUCAACAAUUGAAGAUAUUGAUAUUGAAUUAUUUAGUUCAAAUUCGUCGAUUAGAACAUCAAGUACUAUAAAUUAUUCUAUGGUUGAUUUUUUAUUUGUUGAUUCUUAUCGAAAUGAAUCUUUAUCAAAUUUAUUUUCAAUUGAUUCUCAAGGUUUUAUACGUACAUUAGUUAUACUUGAUCGUGAAUUACAAUCAAAUUAUAGUCUAUCAAUAUUAAUGUAUGAUCCAAUAUUAAAAUCUUAUUCACUUCCAACAUAUAUUCAAAUUCAAAUUCUUGAUGAUAAUGAUAAUUUACCAUUUGAACCAUUUUUAUCAAAUCCAUUUGAUUUAUUAAUUGAGCAAAUAAAUAAUGAAGAAACAG